AUGGAAGUUUCAGCCGCAAAAAAAGCUCGAUCGCCGCCGCCGCACAUACCAAUGGAGAUGAUUCUCUAUAUACUUUUGAAAAUGGAGAUAAAAGCUGUGAUCCGAUGUGAAUGCGUAUGCAAAGAAUGGCGAUCCACCAUAGAAGAUCCCGAUUUCAAGCUCUCCUACCGCGGAGGACGGCAAGUGCUUGUGGCGGCGGCGUCCGGCAGCAAAUUAGCCUUUACAACCAUAACCACCGAGACUCUCCGCAUCAAAACGCUAUUCUACCGGUGGAGACGGGGUAAGGGUGAAUGGUGGUCCGGCGUUUGGUGUUCUUGCAACGGCCUCGUGCUUUUCUCCAUGAAACAUCAUAUUCUGUUGUGGAAUCCCUCCACUCGCCGCUGCACGAAAGUGCUUGAGCUUCGACGUUUGGAGCCUUCUUGGUGGCAUGGUCAAAAUGUGGUCUCAGCCUCGGGACUAUGUUACGUCCCGUCCACGGGAGAUUACAAGGCGGUCCUGUUACUCCGUGAUGAUUGGACUGUUCUCGUUGCCAGCCUCAAGAACAAAGAGUGGCGAAGCGUGGUGUUUCCUCACCACGCGGUGUCUGUUAGGGACAGCGGGGUUAACUUUCACAACACACUCCAUUGGAGAGUAGCGAAUUCGGCUAGGGAUUGGUGUUCCUCGCGGAGAUGCAAAAAGGUGGUUUAUUUCGACGCGGAGAGCGAUGAAUUCAAAGAGCUGCCCACCCCCAGUUUUCCGGCGGAAAGCCGUGCAAUUCUCGGGUUGGGAAUCAUAGACGGCGGCCAUCUCUGCAUGGCUCGCGAGAGGCGGAAGGGAACUGGAGAGGUUGAAGUAUUGGUUAUGAAGGAAUAUGGAGUGAAGAAUUCAUGGAUAACUCAGUUUGUGAUCUCUGCCUCUCAGUUCAGAUCUGGUUAUCAUCGUGACUUUACAUUCUACCCUUCCAAAUACAAUACACAAGCCCUGAUAGGGAGCUGUUUGUAUGGUUGGUGGGGAGCAUUAGUUUAUCAUUUCAAGAAUAAGAAGCUGGAGACUUUCUUAGAAGCAGAAUCAGGACAUAAAAGUCAUACUGCCGCUAUAUGUUCCUAUGUUCAGAGUUUUGUUUCGCCACAUGAGUUUAUUUGGAGAGAUAAUGAUGAUCAGCACAACCCCCCAGCCCAGAAUGACGAUGCUUUGUUGAGGUUUAUUUUGGGAAGGUUUAAUAUCUGAUCAAAUUUAGUAGCCUGCCAUGAAAAUUUAGUAGAAAUAAUCACGAAGAUAUAAUAUAUCUAGGUGUGUCAACUUUAACGAUAGAACCUUGCACUAUUUUUUUAUUUUUUGAGUGGGUAAAUUUAC